AUGAUGAGUCGUCACAAUACGCCGCAUGGUCGUAAACAUAAGAGCAAUAGUCGUAUACAUCAUCGAAAAAAUUUAAAUGAACCUCAUUUAGAUUUAGUUUCUCAAAAAUCCUUUCAUCGUAGCCAUCAAUCUCGUCAUCGAAAUAUAACUGUUUGCGAUGGUUGUCAUAGACCAUACAUUGACUCAUUUUACUAUCAAUGCGAAGAAUGUCAGGAUUAUGAAUUAUGUUAUUUUUGUGCACAUCAAAAUGUUACAACAGGAUUUCAUACGAUCGAUCAUCGAAUGUUACUUUUAUCAAAUAAAACUAUGCCAAUAAUUGACAUUCAUGAAUUAGAAUUUGGUAAAGAAUUAGGUCAUGGUGCAUUUGGUAUCGCUUAUAAAGCAUAUUGGCCAUCACGAAAACUUACCGUAGCAUGUAAAGUCAUUACAGUACCAGUCGAUAUAUUUACACAUACAAGAGAAAAAAGUUUUUUUAAAGAAGUUGCUGCUUAUUCUCAAUUAGUCGAUCCAAAUAUCUUAAAAAUAUACGGUUAUUCACAAAGAUUACUUGAAAACGGUACUAGAGAAUAUGUACUAGUAAUGGAAUUUAUGGAUAAAGGAAGUUUAAAUUCAUUAUUAUAUAAAACUAAAGAAAAAUUAUCAUUAAGAAAAAAAUUAUCAUUAGCUUGUGAUGUCGCAUCGGGCAUGAAAAAAAUACACGAUUAUCGAAUGAUACAUAGAGAUAUUAGACCAGAUAAUAUACUAGUUAAAGAGAAUUAUACUGCUAAAAUAGGUGAUAUGGGUAUUGCUCGUGCAAUGGAUUCAAAUCAGCCGCUUACAGUUAUCGGUUGUAUACCUUAUAUGCCAUUAGAAUUUUAUACAGGUACGUAUGAUCAAAAAUUAGAUAUAUUUACAUUUGGUCUUACGUUAAAUGAAUUAUUUACAGAAAUUUCACAUAAUAAUAAGAACAGAAGAAUUUCAAUUACGAAACAAAGUCCAGUAUUUCGGCACUUAAUUGCAGAGUGUAUAAACGAUGAUCCAAAAAGACGGCCAAUAGCAAACAAUAUUGUAAUAAGAUUACAACGAUUCAGAAAUGCUUUAAAUAAAUUAAUUAAACGAACUAAAGAAUAUCCGGCUUUAUCAGAAGAAAGGAAAAAUCAAAUAUUGAUAGACUUGUAUAAAAAGACACAUUGGUAA